UGCAGGCAGCACGGGGGGCUGCGGGCAGGGGGCAGGCACCACGGGGUAGGGUUGCGGGCAGAGGUACAGGCAGCGCGACGUAGGUGUGCCGGCAGCAGUAGGGACCGCAGGCAGCACAGGGCAGGGGUGCGGGCAGGGCAGGGACCAGCGGGCAGCAUGACAAGGGACACCGGCGUCCCCCAGCACCCUGCGGCCUCGUCCCCCCGCACCCCGGGGUGCCGCUGAGCGCCGUCGGCCGGACCCCGCGGCCGGCGGGACCAUGGAGGGCCCCGAGGGCGGUUACUCGGUGCAAGCCACCGCCGCCAUCGCCGCCGCCAUCACCUUCCUGGUGCUCUUCACCAUCACGGGCAACGUGCUGGUGAUCCUGGCCGUGCUGAGCAGCCGCUCGCUGCGGGCGCCCCAAAACCUCUUCUUGGUGUCACUGGCAGCCGCCGACAUCUUGGUGGCCACCCUCAUCAUCCCCUUCUCCUUGGCCAACGAGCUCCUGGGCUACUGGUACUUCGAGAAGACGUGGUGCGAGAUCUACCUGGCUUUGGAUGUGCUCUUCUGCACCUCCUCCAUCGUCCACCUCUGCGCCAUCAGCCUGGACCGUUACUGGUCAGUCAGCCGUGCCAUCGAGUACAACGCCAAGCGGACGCCACGGCGCAUCAAGUGCAGCAUCCUCAUCGUCUGGACCAUCGCCGCCAUCAUCUCCCUCCCGCCCUUGGUCUACAAAGGGGAGAAGAAGGCGGCGGCGGGGGGGCGGCCACAGUGCAAGCUCAAUGAGGAGGCCUGGUACGUCCUCUCCUCCAGCGUCGGCUCCUUCUUCGCCCCGUGUCUCAUCAUGAUCCUCGUCUACCUGCGCAUCUACCUGAUCGCCAAACGCCGCCACCGCUCCCACCCCUCCGGCUCCAAACCGCUGGGAUCAGUGCCACCAAACGUCACCCCCCCGACCGCCGCAGACCCCCCGGGGACCUGCCCGCCGGCAGACAGGACCUCGCUGCUGAGCCCAGAGGAGCCCCCGACGUCCCCCGGCCCCGGGGCGGGGGCGUCCCCGCAGUCCAGGGGACGCCCCAGGGACACCUUGGCCACCGGAACGGGGCGGGUGGUAUUGGCGCAUCGGCCGCCGGCGUUGAACCCUUGGAGGAGGAAGACUCAGGUCAACCGGGAGAAACGUUUCACCUUCGUCUUGGCCGUGGUCAUCGGCGUCUUUGUCCUCUGCUGGUUCCCCUUCUUCUUCCUCUACAGCCUGGGCGCCCUCUGCCCCCACCGCUGCAAGGUCCCCGACGGCGUCUUCCAGUUCUUCUUCUGGAUCGGGUACUGCAACAGCUCCCUCAACCCUGUCAUCUACACCGUCUUCAACCAGGACUUCCGCAAGGCUUUCCGACGCCUCCUCUGCCGCCGCCGAGCCCCAACGCCCUGGUGAGGGGCUCUGGCCGCUCCCUUCCUCCUCCUCUUCCUCUUCCUCCUGGCUGCACUCGCUACCUGGAGCAUCCCUUGGGUUUAGGGGGUGGGGGCUGGGGGCUUUGAAGCCUCCCGAAGUGCCGAUGGGUUUUCCCCCGGCCACCUGCCCACCCGCUGCCUUCUCUCGCUGCCAGAUUUCCCUGGGGGCCUUGGGGCGGGGGGGGCACAUGCCACCGCGCCACAACCCCCGUCCCCAAGCCCGGUGGCAGACCCUCCCCCCAGCGCCAC